GGAACAGGAAGUUGCUCAACCAAAAAAUGCAAGUAGCACGCCUGGUGAAGUAGACCUUGACCUUCGCAGCUCUACAUCAGUAGCCCCACAUCAAGUCGCAGCCGUGGUUGUGCCGCCACCCACCUCUACUGUAGGAACUACUGUUGCUAGGAGUAUGUUGAAAGCCCCGACUGCCGCCACCGCGGGUAGCAGCAGCUCUACCACAGGUUCAUCAAGCUCCGCUGCAUUUUUGUCCCAAAAUCCUCUCCCGUCCCGCACGAUUCCCCAGCCCGCUCUGAUUCCUGCGAUGAAUAAAACCGCGCAAUUUCGGGUCGCGUCGCAAGACAGCAGCAACAAGAUUGGUUUGUUCGCAACUGGAACUACGAAUAAAGCGUUGA